UAAAUAGGAAGCUUCCCUAGUCCAAAAAAACCUCAAUGCCAUAUACUUCUCCAAUGGCCCCUAGUUGCAACCAAAACCAAAAUCAUAGCCAAAAUGGUCAUCAAUUUCCACAAGAAGUAGUAGUUGUUGUGGUUCCAUUUCCAGUACAAGGCCACUUGAACCAACUUCUUCAUUUUUCUGGUAUAAUUUCAUCAUAUAAUAUACCAGUCCAUUAUAUUACCACCACAACUCAUACUCAUCAAGUCAAUUUUCGAGUUCAUGGUUUUAAAUCAACAAACAAUAUUCAAUUUCACAAAUUUUCAACUCCUAUUUUCAAUUCUCCUACACCUAAUAAUAAACUAAAUUCAUCAAUCAAAUUCCCUUCACAUCUUCAAACUUGCUCUCAAAUUUCCACUAACCUACGAAAUCCUGUUGCAAAGAUUUUACGUUCUCUCUCACAUAAAACACGAAGAAUUGUUAUCAUCCACGACUCAUUAAUGGGGUCUGUGGUUCAAGAUUACCGUGCUAUUCCAAAUGCAGAAGCCUACACUUUCCAUAGUGUUUCUGCUUUCACUUUAUUUUUGUACGUGUGGGAAAAUAUAGGGAGGCCUUUUGCUAUCGACAGAGAUAUAAUAAAAGACCUUCCAUCGAUCGAAGGAUGCUUCACCCCGGAGUUUAGUAAAUUUGUUCGAUCGGAACAUGAGUAUAGUAAAUUUAAUUCUGGCAAGAUUUAUAACACCUCAAGAGUUGUUGAAGGUCCUUUUCUUGAUUUGUUAUCAAAAGAACAAAUCAAUAAAGGCAAAAAGCAGUGGGCUCUUGGACCUUUUAAUCCUAUUACAAUCUCAGGGCCCACCCAACAAAGACAUAAAUCAUUGACUUGGUUAGACAAACAAGUUCCAAGGUCAGUAAUUUUUGUGUCAUUUGGAACAACAACUUCAUUCUCUUAUGAACAAAUCAAGGAAAUUGCAAUUGGUUUGGAACAAAGCCAACAAAAAUUCAUUUGGGUAUUGAGAGACGCCGAUAAAGAGGAUGUUUUCUCAAAAGAUUUCACGAAAAAAAUUCAAUUGCCAAAAGGGUUCGAAGAGAGAGUGAAAGAAAGAGGAAUCGUCGUAAGAGAUUGGGCCCCACAAUUAGAAAUCUUGGCCCACACUUCGACCGGUGGUUUUUUGAGUCACUGUGGAUGGAAUUCAUGCAUGGAGAGUAUUUCAAUGGGAGUUCCUUUAGCCGCAUGGCCAAUGCAUUCGGAUCAACCUAGGAACACGGUGUUGAUAACCAAAAUUCUAAAAGUCGGGAUAGUUAUUAAGGAUUGGGCUCGACGAGACGAGUUGAUAACGUCCGAUGGGAUCGAAAAGGUUGUGAGUAUUUUAAUGGCAUCACAAGAAGGGGAAGAAAUGAGGAAAAGAGCACAAGAGUUGAGUUUUGGUGUUAAGAAAGCUGUGGGAGAAAAUGGUGUCACAAAAAAUGAAUUUGAUUCUUUCAUUGCUCAUAUUACUAGAGCAAUUUGAUAUCUUCCAACACAUUUUUAUGAUCAUGGUGUCAGUAGCAUAUGCAGUAUUUUUUGUAAGUCGAUAUUUGAAAAAGUUAAUAAAUGAAUAUGUUACUAUAAUGACAUGCAAUGUCAUUCUUUAAUUUAUACCA